AUGGCGGCGGCCGCGACCGAAGCGACGAUCCUCGAGCUGGACUCUUCGCACGAGCGCGCCGGCCGCGUUAUCGACGACAUCGUGCGGCUGGAGAAGAGGAUCUUCCCGAAGCACGAGUCGCUGGCGCGCUCGUUCCACGACGAGCUCAAACGCCGGAACACCGGCCUGAUCUACUCGACGUCCGGCGUCGGCGACGACGAGGAGGUCGCUGGGUACGCCAUGUACACCUGCACCACCUUCCUCUGCGCCUCCAUCACCAAACUCGCCGUGAAGGAGAGCUGCCGGAGGCAGGGCCUGGGCGAGGCGCUGCUGCAGGCCGCCGUGGACAGGUGCCGGAGGAGGCGGGUCCAGCGGGUGUCCCUCCACGUCGACCCGGCGAGGACGGCCGCGGUGGCGCUUUACCGGAAGGCCGGGUUCCAGGUCGACGCCACCAUCGAGGGCUACUACUCCGCGCAGAGGAAUGCUUACCGGAUGUACAUGGAUCUCUAG